AGACCAAUAGGUGUUGUUAUGGGCUGGACGUGGACAUCGGCGCGCUGAGCCGGGAGCUCGCUUAGACCGCGGAGAUCGGUUGGCAAACCUGCAGCUGUUGGCGGCGGGCGGAGCUGGCUGGCGGGGCGAGAGGGCCAGGGCAGGUGUUCACAGUUGCUGGGCAGAGCAUGAACUUCCUGCUUCGUGAUCGGCUCGGUAGUGGUCUGUGGGACUGACCUAUGUGUCCAUGCACGAUUUGGACCCCCGGUGACUGGCACAAUCCAGCCUGCCACCAUGGUGAAGCUGCUGGUGGCCAAAAUCCUCUGCAUGGUGGGUGUGUUUUUCUUCAUGCUGCUGGGCUCCCUGCUCCCGGUGAAGGUCAUCGAGACAGACUUUGAGAAAGCCCAUCACUCCAAAAAGAUCCUUUCCCUCUGCAACACCUUCGGUGGUGGGGUCUUUCUGGCCACCUGCUUCAACGCGCUGCUGCCCGCUGUGCGGGAGAAGCUUCAGCGCGUACUGAGCCUCGGGCACCUGAGCACCGACUACCCGCUGGCAGAGACCCUGCUGCUGCUGGGCUUCUUCGUGACCGUGUUCCUAGAGCAGCUGGUGCUCACAUUCCGGAAGGAGAAGCCGUCUUUCAUCGACCUGGAGACCUUCAACGCGGGCUCGGACGCGGGCAGUGACUCGGAAGAGCGUCAUGAGCAGCCCCCACUCUGUCCAUUUCUCCCCAGGGUGCCCAGGGACUCAGAGGCUUCUGUCUCCGUGUGUAGACCCUGCCGGACUCAGGCAGUGAGGUGGCCCUCGAACAGGGACUGCCCGCCUCAGCACUGCUCAAGUGUCCUGAGCACUCCACGUGCUGAGCAGUGCCCCUGCCCUCCACCCACUCCAUGCGAGGACCUUGCCCCGCAUCCCUGGGGGCCUGGUGGGACCCCUGGCCCAGAACUAAGGCAGCUCGUGUUACAACAAGGAAGACCAGUAACAUCAGCACACAGCACAUCAUCAGGUAGCAGUGGGUGCCAAGCAGGAGGAGGGCAUUUUACCCUGGGCCCAGGAAGUGGUUCAGAGGAGGUGACAUUGGAGAGGCACUGGAGGAAGAGUGUCUCAGGCAAAGACCCUGGGGCCGCAGUUUCCUGAUGACCAAGGCAGCCUGGGCUCUGUAAAGAGAUGCGAGUGUUGGGGUUGGAGGUUCAUCCACCAGCGAUAAAAGCCUGAGGACCCCACUCCUCCAAGAUGGCACUGUAACAGCCUCCCAUAUGCUAGGGGAGCCCAGGUUGCCUCUAGGGGCCCAGCCAGUGCUGCAGUGAGGUAUGUCAUCCAGUGCUGCUCCUGCAGACGGAUGCUGACGGUGAUACUUCGUAGAUGCCAGCCUGUGCUUCUGGAAGCAAACUGGCUUUUGACAAAUGAUCUCCUUGUUUUAAAAUAUCGAUGCCGUGGACCAGGGGAUGUAACAAUGUGGUGAGUGCUUGCCUAAAAUGUGCAGUGUUCUGGGUUCAAUCCCCAGCUUGACAAAAAAGAAAAAAGAAAACUAAUAAUACUAAGUUG